AUGUGUGUAUAUCAGCGCAGUUGCCCGCCGACUCUGGGCUCACACCAACGAAUUAAGAAGCGGCGAUACGUCGUGCGAGCUAGACGAACCUGCAAUGGCUGUUUCUCUGAGGCGUGUGUUCGCGGCUGGUGUGGUUUUCCUCCUGCUGGCCUACUAUCAGUUCGUCUAUAACGUGUUUAACCUUGAGCACAAUCUAGGCUUCUUUAGUAGACUAUGGUCCGCACUAUGGGGCAUCAUCUUCUCGGUGCUGGCUGCGAUGGCAUUCGACAUGAGUCGCAUGUCUCCGGCAUCAGAGGCGCAUACGUGGCUCUCCGCCAUCACGCAAUACUCGUUCAUCGUGGUCAGCAUGUGCAUGGGCCAGUUCGCCAAGCGCCGGCUCGACCAGGAUAGCAUCCGGACGAAGGAAGUACAGGAUGAGAUGCUACGCAAUAUCCUAAAGAAACGUAGCCAGACUGAAUGGGGAAAGAAUCACAAUUUCGCUUCUAUCUCGACUAGAGAAGAAUAUGUAAAAAAGCAGGCGUUAACCACGUAUCCAGACUAUAAGGACUCAAUCGAUCGAGUGAUGAAGGGUGAGGUUGGAAUUCUUCUCCCUGAAAAGCCGUUUUACUUCGGUGUCACAUCUAGCACAAGCAGCGGAUUCUCUAAAGUACUGCCGAUCGAUCUAGCGGCAUUCAAGUCUAUCGUAUAUACUCUGAUGGCAUAUAUGGGGACAGUAUUGCCGAAGUUUCCGCCGAUUCGCUCUCUGGGAAGAUCUAUCCGGCUAUUCAUUAUGCCUAGAUUCCGCUAUACGGAAGCUGGCAUAGUUAUGGGCCCUAUGUCGGGCAUGCCGCGAACGUUCUACGUCGAUUUGUACCUGAGGACGACGACGACGCCGCUUGAAGCUAUGGAUAUCAGCAAUGAACAGCAGAUGCUUUACCUGCAUCUGUUAUUUGCUCUAAAAGAUAAGCAUGCAUCGAAGAUAGAGACAGGAUUUAGCAGUAUGGUGCAAACCUUUGGACUCUGUCUCGAAGAGAAGUGGCCGCAAUUGGUAGAAGAUAUCAGAAAAGGCAGUAUCACCCCUGACUUGAACAUCGAUGAAGGGAUCAGGUGGAAGCUCAUUAAUGAAUACAUGAAGCCAGACCCAAUGCGGGCAGACGAAAUCGAAAGGGAAAUCAAGAAAGGGUUCGAUGGUAUCUUCAAGCGUCUCUGGCCGAGUUUAUCGGUGAUCGUCGCCGCAACAUCCGGAACAUUUGCCAUGUACGCGGAACGAUUGCUGAGGUCGUACGCCCGCGGAUGCACCAUCUACUCUCCAGUCUACGGCUCCACGGAAGCGAUGGUCGGAGUGAAUCUGGACCCCAAUAGAAAGGCAGGCGAUGAGCGGUACACAAUGAUGCCAACCGUGGCAUUUUUUGAAUUCAUACCAAUUGAACACAUAGGUGAAGAGCAGCCUAAAACCUUGUUCAUUGACCAGGUUAAAGCCGGAGAAAAGUAUGAACUAGUGGCAUCAACAUUAUGCGCCCUCUACCGAUUCCGCAUUGGCGAUGUCAUCGAAGUAGUGGAUUUUAUGAACCGAUUGCCUAUAAUUUGCUUCAAGUACAGAACUGGACAGCUAUUGAGUGUACACGGAGAGAAGACUUCCGAAGAUGCAUUUUACCAGGCCAUGAUCAAUACCGUGAAACAGUGGUCAACAGUUACCCUGAAAGACUACAGCUGCGCUGAAAGCGUACUCGACGAGCAAGGCAAUAGAGAUGCAUCGACGCACGUCGCGCCUUAUUAUAUUGUGUUCAUCGAGCUCGUGGGUGGCGAUGACGUGAAACUCACCGAAAAGCAAAAAGCAAUGCUGGACGACAACCUGCAACUUGAGACAUACCCGUAUGCUUCUUUCCGUCGAAAGGACGCCAUAGGUCCCAUGAAGGUUAACAUCGUAACGCCGGGAACAUUCGAAGCCUUCCGUGACUACAUCAUCCACCACUCGGGAGCGUCGAUUAAUCAGCUGAAGGUCCCACGUGCACUGCGCAGGCCUGACUACAUCGAGUUCAUGAAGGGCCGUAUUGCUCCCUAGGCAGCGGACGGCUGCGCUGGCGCAUGGCUAACACCACGGACAUUUGAGCCGCGCCAGUAUAACAAAAUGACGCUAGAGAAACACGAAUUAUAUUUACUACCAAAGCUUGAAUAUUCAGGCGCUCUAUAUCGACUAAUAAUUCAACUUAAACGAAGUUGAACUAGUCCUCUACAACACAGGAUGCCACCGCUCGCAGGCCACUGUGAAUAAACUCACAGAGAGAUAAUUAUACGCCGCUGUGCACAAAUUCACGAAGGGCGUACGCCAACCUGCACAACCCCGCGAAAGAUAUACGUCAUUGUGCAAAACUCAAGAAAGAUAGAUAGAUAGUAUGUCUACAGUAGAUGGUAUUAUAAGUUACAGAAAGAUAUGACGCCACUGUGUAAAACUCACGAAAGAUAUACGCCACUGUGUAUGGCAUGUAUUUUGUUUCAUAAUUCGA